UUCUUCUUUUUAUCAUGAGCGCUACUAUUAUAAGUAGCUCUCUCUUCACCGAUCGAAUUAGAUCCCCACAUACAUACACAGACUCACCUACAGAAGCAAACAUUUGCGAUUAUGGCUGCCAUAGGAAUGCAGUUUUUUCUCUAUCCACUCAUCAUGUUUCUAUUCAACUUAAGUCUUCAUGGCGUUUAUGGAGACUACGGUGGCUGGCACAGCGCCCACGCUACGUUUUACGGCGGCAGUGACGCUUCUGGCACAAUGGGGGGAGCAUGCGGAUAUGGCAACUUGUACAGCCAGGGAUAUGGGAUUAGCACUGCAGCUCUAAGCACUGUUCUAUUCAACAAUGGCUUCAGCUGCGGAGCUUGUUACCAAUUGAGAUGCAAUGACGACCCCAAAUGGUGCCUCCCCGGCACCAUCACCGUCACCGCCACCAACUUUUGCCCUCCUAACUAUGCUCUCUCUAACGACAAUGGUGGCUGGUGCAACCCCCCUCUACAACACUUCGAUUUGGCAGAGCCUGCUUUCUUGCGCAUUGCUAAGUAUCGAGCUGGAAUUGUGCCCGUAGUCUUCAGAAGGAUCCCGUGUGUGAAGAAAGGAGGCAUAAGGUUCACCAUCAAUGGCCAUUCUUACUUCAACUUGGUACUGAUAACAAAUGUUGGGGGUGCUGGCGAUGUCCGGACGGUGUCAAUCAAGGGGUCUAAGACAGGAUGGAAAACCAUGUCAAGAAAUUGGGGCCAGAAUUGGCAGAGCAAUUCAUACCUCAAUGGCCAGAGCCUCUCCUUCAAGGUCACCACCAGUGAUGGCAGGACCGUCACUAGCUACGAUGUUGCGCCGUCCGGUUGGGAAUUCGGACAGACCUUCGAAGGAAACCAGGUACCCCUGAGAAACUGAAUGUUGAUGAAAACUUGUUUAAAGAGUACUGAAGAGAGAGAGUACAGAUAUAAUUGGUAAGUUAAUGCCAAGGGGACAAAAAGCCUGCUCCUGCUAGGCUUGUUUAUAACAUAAAAAUAAAAAUCUGUAACUUGGUUGAAACUGAGUGUUGAGUUAAAUAAGUAUCUUCAAUUUCAUCCACCUGAAUUU